AUGAUUUGGAUUUCUUAUAUACUAGCAAUUAAAGUCGAUCCAGGAAGCCCACCGAAGAAUUUUCAGCCCAAUCAUGGAGAAUGGAGAAGGUGGUGUAAAAUUUGUAAAAAUUACAAACCUGAAAGAACUCAUCACUGCAAGACAUGCAAAAAAUGCGUGUUGAAAAUGGAUCAUCAUUGUCCUUGGACUUACAGCUGUGUUGGUCAUCGAAAUGUUCCUCAUUUCAUGAGAUUCUUAAUUUGGGUUGUGUUCACUACGGGCUACACGCUAUUUGAACUAACCAAAAGAAUAGUUGAUUACUUUCAUAAUAGAGAACUUCCGUCUUAUCUAAUUGACAAGAAGGAAGUUGUUGCAGUGUUAGUGUUAUGGCCCCUUGAUUUCUUCGUGUUUUUAACUAUAACAUUACUUUUGAUAAGAUGCUUGAUCAAUCUUGUCUUUAGAGGAAUGACGCAGAUAGAAGUAUGGGAGAAAGAGCGCCUCGAGUCUCAAUUUCAUACUACUAGGUUCUGGAUUCGAUUACGGAGAAAUUACUUCAAAGUACAUGGCAAACAUAUGCCAAAACUUACAUCAUGGACCGCUGGUACAAACUACGUAGAGUUAGACAACAUCUCUUCUGACGAAGAAACAAAUAAUGAUAUCCAAGAUGACAUUGACGUUGAGAGCUCCAGCGAUGUGGUUCCGGAUAAUUUUACUAUAGACGACAUUGUUUUUCCAUACGAUAAUGGAAUAUGGUCGAAUGUAGUUUCUGCAUGUGGAUACCCUUGGAUGUGGCUCCUUCCUUGGGGAGGGCCAAGAACGAGUGGUUAUCAUUUCAUAAAAAACGAUCAGCUUGAAGAUCAACUUGACCUUCCCUGGCCUCCAGAUGGGGGAGAUCAGGGAGAAGUCGAAGAGCAAAGCUCAUCCGCUCAGCCAGGAAACUACAGGGAUAAGAGGUCUAGGCUAAAACGAACUGAAUGGUUCAAUGACAUGGGUGAGUCUCUAGCUGACUUUGGGGUAGAUUUGGAUGCGGAGGAUGAAGACAACGAUGAUAUUGUUCAGCCCUCCAGAUCCAGAUCCAGCUCUUAA